AUGCUGGCGAUAUUUCAGCGAAUCUUAGAUUGGAUCCGUAAUCUUUUUUGGAAAGAAGAAAUGGAAAUAACAUUAGUUGGCCUACAGUACUCAGGGAAAACCACAUUCGUCAAUGUCAUUGCGACUGGACAGUACUGUGAAGACAUGAUACCCACGGUAGGAUUUAAUAUGAAAAAGAUCACAAAAGGAAAAGUCUCUAUCAAGAUUUGGGAUAUUGGAGGUCAACCCCGGUUUCGUAGUAUGUGGGAGCGAUACUGCCGAGGUGUAAAUGCUGUACUCUUUAUGGUUGAUGCUGCUGACCGAGAUAAGUUGGAAGCAGCGAGGAAUGAACUUCAUGCCUUGUUAGAAAAAUCCCAAUUAGCAGGGAUUCCCGUCCUGGUGCUUGGAAAUAAACGCGAUUUGCCCGGAGCACUGACUGAAGUUGAACUUAUCGAGGCUCUGAGUUUAAGAGCAAUCCCUAAUCGCGAAAUUUGCUGCUACUCCAUUUCCUGCAAGGAGCAGGAUAACAUAGGUUCGGUGAAGCUAAGUGACUUCAGUGGCGGUGUAGCUCCCGAAAUGCCCCUGACGAUCUCGUAA